UUCUCCACUGGAGGCCAGUGACGGCCCUACCUCACCUCUAGCCUGGAGUACUUGGCAGCCUACGGGCCCCAUGACACUGGGGCGGAGCCUGGAUUGGGUUCUGUGGGUCGGGCUUGACCAAGUGUCUCCCUGCAGCUCUGAGUUUCAGCUCCUGGACACCUGACUGACCUUGGGGAUUGAACAGGACAGGGCCCGGGGGCCUAGGGCACUGCCACCUUUACCCACGCCCUUUCCCCCAGUCGCUCCUCCCCCUGCCGCUUCUUCCCCGCCCUUACAGCCCUGACCCGCUUCCUGGGCUGCAACUGUUUGGCUUUUUCCUGCCCGUUUGCGGGGGUGUGGGAGAGGUUUCGGGUAACAUGGAGCCCAGGAAGGCGGCGCCUGGGUGGCACGGCUGGGGGCCUCAAGCGGCCUCAGGGUCGGAAACGGCCGCGGAGCUCGUGUACCACCUAGCGGGGGCCCUGGGCGCUGAGCUGCAACAGCUGGCGCGCCGCUUCGGGCCGGAGGCGGCAGCGGGGCUGGUGCCGCUCGUGGUGCGGGCGCUGGAGCUCCUGGAAAAGGCUGCGGUGGGGCCCGCACCAGACUCGCUGCAGGUCUCGGCUCAGCAGGCGGAACUGGAGCUGCGGCGGCUGCGGGAGGAGAACGAGCAUCUCCGCCGGGAGUUGCGCUCCGGGCCACAGGAGGAGCGCGCUCUGCUGCGGCAGCUCAAGGAGGUGACUGACCGACAGCGGGACGAACUCCGAGCGCACAACCGCGACCUGCUGCAGCGCAGCCAGGAGACCGAGGCGCUGCAGGAACAGCUGCAGCGCCUCCUGCUGGUGAACGCGGAGCUGCGGCACAAGCUGGCCGUGGUGCAGACCCAGCUGCGCGCCGCGCGGGACCGUGAGAAGGAGCGGGAGCUGGAGCGCGAAGGAGCUCCUCGGCUGGAGCCAGAGCCCGCGCGGGAUGCUGGAGCCCCGGGGUCCCCUGAGGACCCGGCAGAGGCUGGGCAGCAGCCAGGGCAUCCCCCGGAGGUGGGGCAGUGCGGCUUUAGUCGAGAGGAGCUUGAGCAGAUCCUUCAGGAGCGGAAUGAGCUCAAAGCCAAUGUGUUCCUGCUGAAGGAGGAGCUGGCAUACUUCCAACGGGAGCUGCUCACAGACCACCGGGUCCCUGGGCUUCUGCUUGAAGCCAUGAAGGUGGCUGUCAGGAAGCAGCGGACGAAGAUCAAGGCCAAGAUGUUAGGGACCCCAGAGGAACCAGAAAGCAGUGACGUUGAGGAUGGCUCCUGGCUCCUGCUUCCCAGCGAUAAGGGAGACCACCCCCCACCCCCUGAGUCCAGAAUACAGCAUUUCUUUGGCCUCUGGUAUCGGGGUGAAGCAGAGGCCCCAGACGCUGGGACCAGCAGCCUCGCUCCUAGCAAGCCAGGGGGAGAAGUGGAGGCCCCACAGCAACCUCACCUGCAGCCCGUGGGCAGUGCCACCACCCCCAGCUCCUGACUGGCCCUGCUCAUCUGCUUUCCAUGAACGGCUUUGUCUGGGGGCCCAAAGUUGCCACAGAGGCCUGACUUGGGGCUCUGGCUGUGGGUGGAUAUGUGACCUCAAAUGAAGACAGGGUUCCCCCUUCUCAGCCCUCCCCAGGGCUCUUCCCUGAUCCUGGCUUGAGCCAGGGCUGGACGGGCUGCCUCCCUCUCCAUCCCUGCACCAAACCUCCAGGGCCAGAUGAAAGCACUUCCUCUCAGUCUCAGUUUCCCCAUCCGUGAAACAGAGAACUGACUGUCUUCUUCCCAGGGGUUUGUGUGGAUGGACUGAGCUAAUGUAAUAAAGCACCUGCCCAUUAUAGCCA